GGUCGGUUUAGCUUGUCCCACAAGAUACUCCGUACAUGGGAAAUAUUUGGGUAAAUAGCAAAUAGGAAGGUGAGAGGGUGAAAGGAAAAUAAUAUAAACUUAGGGAAGCUGUGCGCGGACAUAAAACAGUUAUGGCUGCAUGCAGAUGAAGCGGCAGCUCAAUACAUGCCCUGAGCGAAAUAACUACUCGUUUAAAAUCAGAGCUUAUAGAAGGCCGAAUCCAUGCUCUCUGAUGAACUGGACUCAAAGCCUGAGCUGCUGGUCGAGUUUGUACAGAAGGCCUCAAUCCCCCUCGGUCAAGGACUGGAGGAGUGUGACCCGAAAGAGACCUGUCUACCUCUCCAUCCAACUACAGAUACCUCCUUAUGUAGCCAGCUGCACCUUGCAGACAACAGCCUGAGCCAUGCAGCCUCCCCAUCCUUGUCAGACUAUGAGGGCGAGAGGGAGCAACUGGUGGUUCAGCUUCAGUCCCACCGAGGCGUGGCCCUCACCUCCAGCCCCAGCCCCCCACCCAUCCUCCACGACCUGCAGCAGUCUGAUAGCACCUCCUUUAUCUUGCUUAACCUGGCCAAAGGGCUGGCAGCUUCAACCGAACCGCUGGUGUUCGUCCAGGACGAGGCGGAGCAGGAGGUCUCUGCAGGCGAGAGCGGGGAUGGCACCACGCCCUGGUACCUGCGAGUGCAGGAGCUGGCCCAUGACAGCCUGAUCGCGGCAACCCGGGCACAGCUGGCCAAGGAUGCCAAGGCCAGCAACAUCAGUGAGCACCUGCACAGUUAUCCGUCUGAGGGUCCAAAGAAAGACACACUUCCCCCAGAAACCCGCAUCCCUGCAGAAAAGACCCUCAGGUGCACCUUUGAGGGCUGCCGGAGGACCUUCACCUGGCCUGCCCACCUCAAGUACCACCUCAAAACACACAAGAACGACCGCACGUUUCGGUGCUGCGCUGAGGGUUGUGGGAAGAGCUUCUACGUGCUGCAGAGGCUGCAGGUGCACAUGAGGACGCACAAUGGGGAGAAGCCCUUCGUGUGCCCUGAGAAGGGCUGUGGCAAGAAGUUCACCACGGCCGGGAACCUCAAGAACCACAAGCGCACACACACCGGGGAGAAGCCAUUCCUAUGCGAAGCAGAUGGAUGUGGGCGCUCCUUCACAGAGUACUCCAGCCUACGCAAGCACAUGCUGGUGCACUCAGGAGAGAAGCCUCAUCAGUGCAGUAUCUGCGGGAAGACCUUCUCCCAGAGCGGCAGCAGAAACGUCCACAUGAGGAAGAGGCACAGCGACGCGCCGGCCGGCAUCCAGGCCAGAGACACGGGUAACGCUGCCCACGAGCCUCCACACCCCAACCCCCGGCCAAAGGUGGUGGUAUUGUCAUACUGCAGUGGCAUCUUUGUCGCGAUUCCCCCAGGAGAGGCGCUCACGCACAGCAGUCUGCUCGAGGACCGCGGGGUGGUGGGUGACAGCAUGGUCACUAUGACAACAGCGCUGGAGCCCAUGAACCUUCACCACGCGAUGCUGAGAGCACAAGGAGACACUUUGGGAGGUAAUGGACCCUCUGCCUCAAUGGUGGUCCUCUCGCAGUCACAUGACCUGGUCACCAUGGCAACAGGAGGGCAUGGCUACGGAGAAGAGGUGGUUGCUCUGCUGCAGUAGCAUGUUUCUAUCUGAACUCUUUCAGUGUAGGAUACAAAUUAUUCAUUGAAUUUAAUACGGUAGUCACAGUUUUAUGAAGGCUGUUUCCACCUGUAAAUAAAUAGAAUCCAGGAAAUAAUUUUCAGCUCUCAAACUAGAAGACAGAAUGUACAGUUUCUGUUAUUAAUGGACAGGUGUGGUAUAUAUGGUUAUGGUGAUGGUAUUUCAAUAGGUACAGUUUCCUAUUGUUCAGAUACCUCAGCUCUGGAUUGAGCUAAAUGCAUAACUGAUGCAUUUAAGCAGUGUAAAUUCUGGCCAUUUCUAGACUUCUGUGGGUACCUGACCUGUUGAGUAUUCAGCAAUAUUUAUUUAUUGAAAUUUAGCUGAAGGAAUAAGCUUACCUGUAUAACCAUGCUGAAAAUUCCAUCAAUCAGAAAGAGUAUAUGUAUAUACAGGUACAUAUAUCUCUUUGUAUCAUCAUGCAAUACAGUAAGGUGGCUUAUGAGAGACUUUGAGUACUUAAGCAACAUUAUAAAUACAGCAGAGAACAUAAUAAACCUGCUUAUACAAAAUGGCAUAUGAAGAUGAUGGAAUUUGAUUAAAUGUAUGAAUAAAUAUGA